GCAUUGUCCACUGUCCACUAUCACUCCACUUGGUAUAGAAUCUGGGGUACUGGAACUAUACUUAAGAUCGUAGACAGCAUUAUCACUAUCAUCAUCAUCAUCAAUAGCAACAACAUCAACAUCAACAUCAACUGAAUUACAAUGUCAUUUACUCCGUCCCACCCUCGUCCUGAACUGCCAGAGUUUAUCCCGGCAACUCCAACCAAGCAAAAGUUGGACUGGAUCGAAUUGGUCAACAUUGAUCUGUCCAAAUUCGACGAUCCAACGACUCGCAAAGACCUGGCUCGAGAGUUGCUUCAGGCAGUCACUGAGCAUGGCUUCUUGACAAUCUCCAACCAUGGCAUCUUCAAGGAGCUGUAUACCUCGCAGGUCAAUCUGUCGAAUGCAGUCAUGACACUCUCACCGGAUGAGAAGCUGCCAUAUGAGGCCACCCCCGAAGAAGAUGCCCGUGGUCGAUAUGUCGGCUUCAAGCCAUCGGGAGAACGAGGAAUCAAAGGUGGCUUUCACAAGAGUUUGGACCACUACAACAUCCUCGUCCACGACCCCGAGAACCACAAACAUCCUGCCGUGCUGGAGCCAUACAUGGAAGAGGUGGAGUAUGUGAUGCACUUCAUCCGCAACAACAUCCUGCGCAAGCUCCUUGUCCUGGUGGCGAUGAUUCUGGAAGUUCCUGAAGAGCGUGUCAUUGAGACUCAUGCUCUGGGAAAGGACUCUACUGAAUACCUUCGCUAUAUGAUCUACAAUCCCCGCACCGAAGAUGAUAACGAAAAAUAUCGCGAUCUCUAUCUCGCCGGCCACACCGACUGGGGAACGUUCACCUUCCUCUUCGCGCAGCCCAUCUCGGCCCUUCAGAUUCUCGACAACCACGGCAACUGGAAAUGGGUUCAAUAUCUCGAAGACUCCCUCGUUGUCAACGUUGGUGAAGCCCUGGAGCUGCUUACUGGAGGUCUCUUCAAGGCCACCAUCCACCGCGUCGUCAAGCCGCCCGUCGACCAGGAGAGGGAGAAGCGAAUUGGCGUCAUCUACUUUUCCCGUCCGGAUGAUGACCAGAUGCUGCAGCCGAUCGAGUCGCCCCUUCUCCAGAGACUCAAGAUCGACAAGCCACUGGACGAGACGGUGUACAACAUGGCAGACUAUCUGAAUGCCCGCAAACAUGGCUACAAGCGACUGGACUUUGACAAUGACCGACCGCGGAUGGAGGGAGUCCAUGCGGAUCCCUUCCAUGGCAGAUACAUCGAUCCGAAAGGCUUCAAGGCGCUGGGUGGAUCUGCCGUUGCUGUUUGAUAUGAUUAUAUGUUUGAUAAGAAUGGAUAUAGUUAGUUAUGAUUAAUGCUGUUUUACGAUAAAUACAAUUAUCCCAUCUCACUUCCCAUCCACACUUGAUCUCCCAUUCCCAAGUCUGCCAGGCCUAACUCUGUUGCCAAUUGUAUAUCCCCUUGAGGCAUUGGAAUCUGCGACGGUGAAGGCACCAUCAACGGCAGCGAAUGUGUAAUUGAAAAGGUUCCCAGGCUCUCUUCGAUGAUGGCUGAUUGCCAUUUGC